CCAUGGGCAACCUGUUUGGCCACAAGAAGCAGAGCCGGGUCACCGAGCAGGACAGGGCCAUCCUGCAACUGAAGCAACAGCAGGACAAGCUGAGACAGUACCAGAAGACAGUCACACAACAUCUGGCGUGGGAGCGGGCUCUGGCCAGGCAGCUCUUGCAGGAUGGCAGGAAAGAAUGGGCCAAGCUGCUGCUCAAGAAGAAGCGGGAGCCGCUGCUUGAUUGGACAGAGAACCAGAUCAGCAGCCUGGAAGCCACUGUUCAGAGCAUUGAGUUCACGCAGGCAAUGGAGGGGCUUCAGGUGGGCAAAGAGUGUCUGAAUAAGAUGUACCGGGUGAUGUCCAUAGAGGAGGUGGAGAGGAUCCUGGACGAGACCCAGGAAGCAUUGGAGUACCAGCAGCAAAUCGAUGAGCUGCUGGCAGGAAGCUUCACCCAGGAGGGUGAGGAAGCCAUCCUGCAAGAGCAGAAUGCAAUCACUCAGGAACAAAUCGAGUUACCAGAGGUUCCUUCAGAGCCCUUUCCUAACAGAAACCCAGAAACGCCUGCCAAGGUCAGAUCCAGCUAG